AUGGUUAGUAAUGAGGAUGCAAGUUUCUUUAAAGGAAACCUAGAGCGAAGGGGGAUUGAUACAAAUCCUAUUUGUGACUAUUGUGGGAGUGGAAGGGAGGAUUCCCAACACCUGUUUAGAUUCUGUAAUUUAGCAAAACUGGUUUGGAUGUGUUGUCCUUUACAGAUUUGCUCAAAUGAUGAUGAAACUGUUUCUCUGAAGAAAUGGAUUCAAAGCUAUAUCCUUCUUUUUAAUAGCAAGGAUGGAGGAAGUGAGGCGAAGUCUGAUGCCUUUCUAGCAACCCUGUGGAGUUUAUGGGUGGCAAGGAAUGAAAGGGUCUUUAGAAAUGAAAGCAAACAUGCACGAGCAGUGCUCUUGACCAUAGACAGAAUGAUAAGAACGGCAAAGCAUUUCAAAGAAUGCAACCUAGCUACUGGGACAAAUAUGAUGGGUAUAUGCAAGCCUCCAGGUUUUAACUUGGUCCAACUUGGAGCUAUUCGAGAUCAUGUAGCAGACUUUAUCUUACAGAUUGAUGGAUCUUGGGAGAAGAAAACAAGGAAAUCAGGAGGGGGAUGGGCCUUUAAGGAACAAAGUAAUGCUAGAUAUAGAGAGGGGGGGGGGCUUCUAUGGCAGUGCUCUUUCAGCUACACAAGUUGA